UGUCAAUCUGGACCUAGCCAGAGUGGCUGAUCCAUGGGCGAGACUAAAAGGUGGCUGGCCGACAGAAGGGAUCAAUGCGCGGUAUACGGCCUCUACCCCAUCAAUGCCAGGGGAGCGAGUGUAGUAGGAGCGGAACUUCAACAAAUGGGCGGGGAGCUGACCAGCUAAGGAGGCAGCGCUAGCCGGGAAGCAACUUGGGAGAGAGUUGCGAUCUUUGCAGAGAAACCGGACGGUCUGCGGUGGGUUGCAGCAUUUGAAGUCUUGGACUUGUCUUUGCUGAUUCCAGAACUGGAAGCCAUCCAGGCAGUAAGAAUGCAAAUUCCUGUGAACUUUAUAGAUCUAUUUCUCCAUCCAUCCUUUAUAUAAUUAAAUAGUACAGAAAAAAAGACAGAAAGGAAACAAUAGAAAGAAAGAAAGAAAGAAAGAAAGAAAGAAAGAAAGAAAGAAAGAAAGAAAGAAAGAAAGAAAGAAGAAAGACACAACAACAGCUGCUGAGCGCCAUUGACCAACUCCCCUCCAGAUGUGUCUGGAAGUGGUUCAUCCUCCUCCAAGCUAACAUCUGGAGAAGUAUCUCGGGAAGCAUCCACGGGGAAUCAUCACACCAGAAACCUGUGAAUGGGAUUUGGUGAUCAUUAACUCACAUGGAACAAUGAUGGUGUAACCACAGUUACUCAGUUAAUCAGCACAGAUGAGGUUGGCUAGCAAAAACCAGAUCUAUCUGGUCACAGGAGGCUGUGGUUUCCUGGGAAAACAUCUGGUUGAAAUGCUUCUGGAACAAGAACCCAAACUUUCCGAAAUACGGGUCUUUGACUUGCAUCUGGAUCAAAGUAUGCGCAGCUGGGACAGAGUGAAUCUUAUCCAAGGAGACAUCAGCAAACCAGAAGAUGUGAAGCCAGCAGUCCAAGGCGCCCAUGUGGUCAUUCACACGGCUGGUCUGGUGGACGUCUGGGGCAGAGUCCCACCCAAGAAGAUCAUGGCAGUUAAUGUGCAAGGAACCAAAAACAUAAUUGAGGCCUGUGUCACUCAAGGAACCCAAUAUCUGAUUUACACCAGCAGCAUGGAGGUUGUAGGACCUAACAUAAAAGGCAAUCCUUUCUACAGGGGCAAUGAGGACAUGACAUAUGAGGCCAUCCACCACCAUCCUUACCCACUUAGCAAAGCCAAGGCAGAGGGUCUGGUCAUCAAAGCCAAUGGGCAACUGAUGCCGAACGGGAAGCAGCUAGUUACUUGUGCCCUUCGUCCAACGGGCAUCUAUGGGGAGAACCAUCUGCUGAUGAAGGAGUUUUAUGAGAAAGGGUUAAAGACAAAGAAGUACAUGAUCCGGGCCAUCCCAGCCUCUGUGGAGCAUGGCAGGGUCUAUGUAGGCAAUGUGGCUUGGAUGCAUCUCCUGGUGGCUCAGAAAAUCCAAGAUGACCCCUCAACAAUCGGGGGCCAAGUUUAUUUUUGCUAUGACAACUCUCCUUACAAGAGCUAUGAGGACUUUAACAUGGAGUUCUUGAGGCCAUGUGGCUUCCGCCUCUUGGGGUCCCAUCCCCUGCUGCCGUUCUUUGUCCUUUAUCUGAUAGCUCUGCUCAAUGCUAUCCUGCAGUGGCUCCUGAAGCCCUUCUGUGUGUAUGCCCCCAUCCUCAACCCCUACACCCUGGUUGUGGCCAGCACUACCUUCACUGUAAAGACCGACAAGGCCCUGAAACACUUUGGAUACAAACCUUGUUUCUCCUGGGAAGAGAGCCGGAAUCGCACAAUCAGGUGGCUCCAAGAGGUCGCAGCAGAGAAGCAAGUGGAGAAGUAGGUCCCAGCAAGACAGGUCAACAUGAAUGGAGUGAUGCUUUAGAGGAAACCCAGUUGGGGACUGGAAAGCUCCUGGAUUUCAGAUGUGCUAAGCUCAGGACAAUAUUAAACUAUGGCCUUAUGUUCACUGGUUUAAAACAGUGAUGUUAGAUAUUUGUAUUGAUAUGUUGAUAUUAGAUAUUUGUACAGUAGCUACCUUUGCCCCUAGGUGACCUUUGGAAGCAGGCCUACAGCUUUGCAAGAAUGGGUGGACCCUGUUUCCCCAGGUGGAAAUGUCAAAUACCAAAGAAAUAUGUUUUAGAUUUUGGCUGAGUGCAUCAGUGUUUCAUUCUCAACUGGGCAAGGGCUUUUUUUUUCCAGCCAAAGUCCCAAAUGACUUUUGAUGAUAAUUCCAUCAUGUCACACAUUCCAACCUACCUGGAUCAAUUUCUUACUUCUAUACCAGUGUGUCUAUUGGUGUUGCAUGCUCCAAAGAUUAUCCGGAAGGCAGUAAUGUCCAGCUCAUCUUCUACCAUUCCUUAGCUUUGAAAGAUGGAUUGUUGAUCCAUUCCAUGUCACUACAGACCAGUUCCAUGUUUUUCUUCCUACCUCAAUGACCUCUAAGUGCAGUAAGGUUCAUGUUUUUGAUGUAAUCUAACUAGUCACUAGUUAUCUGAGUAAGCUGAUAGACUCUUAAGUAUGAAAGGAGACUAAGAAGCCACAAUUAUCUAACAUGACUUGUGCAAUAGAAAUGUAUGACUGGAAAGCCUCCUUGAUGGCCAACAAUUAAGUUAAACAAGCAAAUAAAUAUAUUCUCAUGA